AUGACAUUAACAAAAAAAAAUCUUGAACUUGAAAUAGAAAAUUGGAUUCGUUCUAAAACAAAUACAGAUAUUACAUUUAAUAGUGAUCAAUCCAUUGAAUUUCUUCGUAAACUAGGUAUUAUUCUACCUGAUGAUCUAUCACGGCCAAAUUGUUUAAAAGUAAUACCAUAUAAAGAAGUUGUUGGUAUUCUUCCAAAAACAUCACGAACAUUAAGUGAAAAAAAUGAAGAAUGGGAUUUAAUUGAAGGUUAUGAUAAAAAAUAUUUUGAACUUGAUUGGAAAACAGUUCUUAAUGAAGAUAAACUUCUAAACAAAACUGGAUGGCAUUGA